AUGUCAACAUCUUGUAAACAACCCCCUGGGGACUCACAUGAGCACAAUCUCUCACCUGCGUACAACCACUCACCUGCGUACAACCUCUCACCUGCGUACAACCUCUCACCUGCGUACAACCACUCACCUGCAUACAACCUCUCACCUGCGUACAACCACUCACCUGCGUACAACCUCUCACCUGCGUACAACCACUCACCUGCGUACAACCUCUCACCUGCGUACAACCUCUCACCUGCGUACAACCUCUCACCUGCGUACAACCUCUCACCUGCGUACAACCUCUCACCUGCGUACAACCUCUCACCUGCGUACAACCACUCACCUGCGUACAACCUCUCACCUGCGUACAACCUCUCACCUGUGUGCAACCUCUCACCUGCGUACAACCUCUCACCUGCGUACAAACCUUUAACCUGCUUACAACCUAACACCUGCCCCUCCCUGAUGUUCAAUCUUGCCAGUUAG